AGUAUAGUUUGACCGGUCAAGUAAUUUACACCAUCAUUUUUGGCGCCCACCGUGGGGCUGUUAAGGUUUCUUCUCCUAAACACAAACCUACCCACCAAAACACCACUCGAAAUGUCUUCCAGCCAACAAAUCAACGCUACUUCCGCUCAGGUGCAGGCCACCAACGAGGGAGCCAGCAUCCCUGUGGCUGCUACCGUACCGGUCAUUUCAGCCCCGGUGUUGCCUCUGGGACUGAGCUCUGUCCCGACGGCCAGCGUGAUCAGUCCCUUCGUGACCCCCGUCCCUUCCGCUGGACCGAGGGUAACGUUCCCACCAAGCAUGACUCAGUUCAUGAAUGACCCAGCCAACCUACAAGCCAUCCAGGGCUUUGGCCAGGUCAUGGCCAUGUGCCAACAGAGCGGGGGGAUGCCUUUCCUCCCUGGUAUGUUCCCAUUCGCCCUUCCAGGCGCGGGGACCAUGCCCCUACAAGCUCCGAUGGCGGUGACGUCGUUCCAGACGCCGAUGCCGCAACCAUCACCUUUCCAGCCCCAGCUGGUCAGCACCAUGGCCCCGGUCAACUUGGCCGGUGCACUUAACGCUGCAGGACCGUCGCGCCCCCCGCAAGCUACGGAUCCACAGGUCACCCUUGAUGGUCAUUGCGUCUCGAUUGAAAGCGAUGACGGCGAGUGGGACAUCUCGAGGGCCCACAAGAAGAAGAAAGGAAAAAACAUCCGGCCAGCGACCUCCCGAAACUCCGCCUUCGAAAGGCUGGGGGAUAGGGAGGAAGGCCAGAGGAAGUCAGCCAAGCAGAGGCUGGGGCAGAGUGUUGCCCAUGUCAGCGCAUUCGCCCGGCUAGGCGAG